CCAGCAGCUAUCCAGACAAAAGGGUGAAGGUCAGAGUGAAUGGAGUUGGUCAUAUUGGACUCCUGGUCACCAGGGCUGUUUUUAACCCUGGCAAAGUGAAUGUUGUGGCCAUCCAUGACCAUUUUAUUGACCUAAACUACAUGGUCUUCGUGUUCCAGUAUGAUUCCACCCACUACAAGUUUCAUAGCACUGUCAAGGCUGAGAACGGGAAGCUCGACAUCAAUGGAAAGGCCAUUACCAUCUUCAAAUUGCAAGAUUCCACCAACAUCAAGUGGAAUGAUGCUGGCGCUGACUACAUGGUGGAGCCCACUGGUGUCUUCACCACCAAGAAGAAGUCUGGGGCUCACUUGAAGGGUGGUGCCAAAAGGGUCAUCAUCUCUGCCCCUUCCACCAAUACCCCGUUUGUGAAGGGUGUAAAUCCCAAAAAUUAUAACAACUCCCUCAAGAUUGUCAGCAAUGCUUCCUGUACCACAAACUACUUAGCCCCGCUGUCCAAGGUCAUCCAUGACAACUUCAGCAUUAACAUCAUCCCUGCAUCCACUGGCACUGCGAAGGCAGUGGGCAAGGUCAUCCCAGAGCUGAGUGGGAAGCUCACAGGCAUGGCCUUCAGUAUGCCCACUCCCAACUUGUCAGUGGUGGAUCUGACCUACUGCUUGCAGAAAGCAGCUAACUACAACAACACCAAGAAGGUGGUAAAGCAGGCAUCAGAUAGUCCCCUCAAAGGCAUUCUGGGCUACACUGAGGACCAGGUUGUGUCUUGUGACUUCCACAGUGACACCCAUUCUUCCAUCUUUGAUGCUGGGGGUGGAAUCACCCUGAAUGACCACUUUGUCAAGCUCAUUUUCUGGUAUGACAGUGAGUUCAGGUACAGCAACAGGGUGGUAGACCUCAUGGUCCAUAUGGCUUCCAAGGAGUAA